UUGAGGUACCGCCCGCCCGCCAGCCAGCAUCCCGUUAAAUUUCAAAAAUCUUGCGGAGCGGAAAACCAUACAAAAGAAGUGACGAGUGAGAGAGAAUAUUUCUCAGUAAUCAAACGGCUACACGGCGCGACGAAAAUCAAGAUCGGGGUUCUUCACAUGGAGAAGAUCUGCGUAGCCGUGAGGGUCAGGCCGCCGGUGGCUUCUUCGUCUCCGGACACAACUUCCGCCAGAACUUACUGGAAAACCGAAGAUAACCAUAUCUCUCUCCACAAGUCCGGCGGCACUCCCAUCUCCGGCGUGUCUUAUGCUUUCGAUCACGUGUUUGAUGAAGCUUGCUCGAAUUCUAGGGUUUACGAGCUUCUCACCAAGGAUAUAAUCAAUGCCGCCGUUGAAGGAUUCAACGGAACUGCAUUUGCUUAUGGACAGACAAGCAGUGGCAAGACCUUCACCAUGAAUGGAUCGGAAAAGGACCCAGGAAUUAUUCACAGGGCAGUCAGAGACAUAUUUGAUAAAAUACAAGCUGUAUCUGAUAGGGAGUUUCUCAUAAGGGUUUCCUACAUGGAAAUCUACAACGAAGAAAUCAAUGAUCUUUUUGCUGUAGAGAACCAAAAAUUGCCAAUACAUGAGAGUUUGGAGAGAGGCAUAUUUGUUGCCGGUCUCAGAGAGGAAAUUGUGAGCAAUGCUGCACAAGUGCUGAAGCUCAUGGAAUCAGGAGAAGUCAAUAGGCAUUUUGGGGAAACGAACAUGAAUGCUCGUAGCAGUAGAUCUCACACCAUAUUUAGGAUGGUGAUUGAGAGCAGGGGAAAAGAGCCAAACCCGUCAGGUGAUUAUUCAAGUUGUGAUGCUGUUCGAGUCUCUGUACUGAAUUUGGUGGAUUUAGCUGGUUCAGAAAGAAUUGCCAAGACAGGGGCUGGGGGUGUUCGUUUGAAAGAAGGAAAAUACAUUAACAAGAGUUUGAUGGUUCUUGGUAAUGUUAUAAACAAACUAAGCGAUGGUGGAAAGCAAAGGGCGCAUAUACCAUAUCGUGACAGUAAGCUAACUCGUAUACUUCAACCUGCUCUUGGGGGUAAUGCCAAAACUUCAAUUAUAUGCACACUAGCUCCGGAAGAGAUUCACGUUGAGGAAACUAAAGGAACUCUGUUGUUUGCUAGCCGAGCCAAACGCAUCACGAAUUGUGCUCAAGUGAAUGAGAUUCUGACUGAUGCGACCUUACUGAAGCGACAGAAGUUAGAGAUAGAAGAGCUCCGAAGGAAACUUCAGGGGUCUCAUGCUGAAGUGCUGGAGCAAGAAAUUCUGAAAUUGAGGAAUGAUAUGCUGAAGUACGAGUUAGAAAGGGAGAAGCUUGCAACGCAGCUCGAAGAGGAGAGGAAGUCACAAAAGGAGAGAGAACAGUGCAUUAGGGAGCAGCAGAUGAGAAUCGACAACCUAAACAGUAUGGCAACCUCUUCAGACUGUGAUAGGAGCUCUGGCCAGGUUCAGCGUGCUGGUUUAUCAAGACUGCCAGUAGAAUUCAGUGAAAACAGCAGCACUUGCCAAGAAGAUUUGUUCGGAACUCCAAGCUUUAAAGCUGCUCCUAAUGCAUUUGUUUCAAAAAGAUCCAACUAUGCGAGGCUCGAUGACUACAGUCCUCUUCCAGAAACGUUGAGCAACGUGGCUGAUGAAGACACCUGGAUGAAAUUAAACAACGGCUUCACGGUUGACUUUGAUUCCAUUCAAAUGACCCCGGCGAGGAAAGCUCAGUCCUUCCCGUCAAAUGAAGUCACUGCUGGGCGUUCAACUGAGAAGUACAGUCAAGAGGUCCAAAAUCUCAAACGAGAACUGCAACUUAUCACUGAGGAGAAGAAUGGUCUCAAGGAGAAGCACUCAGAACUAUCGCUACUCUCCGACCGUUUGAUGCAGGAAAAAUCAGAACUUGAGCAGAGAGUAGACUUGGUUAGUCAAAUCCCUUGGAAUUUUCUCCAAUGUAUUGCAAGCGCAAUCAGCAGCUACGAAGAAGCUUAUUCGACAUUACAGAGUUGUGCACGGGAUGAAGAAACUUCAACAGCAAGAUUGCUCUCUGGAACCAGAGAAAUUGGGAUCACCCUCUUAUCAAAUCUGGAAGGCCUGGUCUCCCGUGCAAUGGAUCAUGACUUUGAACCCUUCCCAAGGGUAGAUGAUUCUGCACUUGAUCAGCAGUUAAAAAUACUGUCGGAGGGGUUAAAAGUCACAGUUGCAUCACUGGCAACAUCGGAGUCUAAGGAAUGCUGCACUUCCACUGGACAAACUGCUCCAAGCGAUGACAAGAAAAUGGGGAGUGAACUUAAGGCAAUCAAGGUGAAACAUGAAGAGCUGGAGAAAGAGUUGGAACAGAAGAACAAGCUUCUGGAGGUUUCUGGAGAUAAAUACAUCAGCUUGGAAAGAGAUGUCCAGCUUCUGAAUCGAGAGAGGGAAUCGCUUGUCCAUAGAGUUUCUGAGUUAUCUGAGAAACUUGAUCUGGCAACCAACCAGAAGGAGAACGUGGUGAAGGACUUGAACUGCGAAGCACAGCGAAGGAAGAACCUGGAAGCUGACAUCAAACAGGUCAGUGUUGCCUUCGCCGGCCGGCAGAAAUCGUUCAUAACUUUGGACAGUGAGUUCCGGUCCAAAAUGGAGCAGCUUAGAUCCCUCCUGCAUUCGGGUUCAGUAUCAUCCAAACCUCUUGGAUUGUUGAAUUCCUGAUAAAUGAGACAGAGGGGGGGAGAGAGAGAGAGGUUUAAAGAACUAGGGCAACUCCCUUGUUUAAUACUGUAAUAUUAGGGAAAUUAUGUUAGACUUCGGUUUUGCUUGCAGUAUUUAUGUGAUUGAACGUGUCUAAUUAGGUGCUUUGACCCAUUGAGAUUAGAGGUGGCUAUUUGGUCCCGGCUUUUUGGUUUUAUUCGAAAUCAAAUUGUAUAACUCGAACCGAGAUCGGAUUGGAUCGGGUAGCAAACAAUUCAAUCUAAUUUUUCAGGCUUGGAUUUGAAGUCAAAA